UGGCAGAGUUGGAAUUUCUUUUCUUUGGUGAAUUGCGAAGCGCACAGGAGAAGAGCAUAAAAAUCCGCAAAAGCUAAGGGCUCUUUCUCUUCUCGCCUGGCUCUUUUCCUGCCUCCAGUUUGACUCCUUGAGCGUUGUGUGAACUCUGCUGCCAGCAUGGAUGCUUUCCAGACCGUGCUGCGCUUCGUCAUGAACCAGAAGACCACCAUAGGCUACAGCUUCAUGGCCAUCCUGACCAUAGGCGGAGAGCGCAUCUUUUCUAUGGUCUCCUUCCAGUGUCCCUGCAACCGCAGCCAGAACUUCUCGUACGGGCUGACCUUCCUGCUCGGGCCGGCCGUGGUGCUACUGGCGCUCGGCUUCUUCUUCAGCACGCGCAUGUGGAGGCUGUUCACGGGCUGCUGCCUGAACCCGCUCAAGCUCUGCCCCCGGGGCAACUGCCUGGGCUGCACAGCCAUGCUGCUGAAGGUGGCCGCGGGCGCGUGUGUCGCCCCGGUCAUGUGGCUGUGCGUGGCGCUGCUCAACGGGACCUUCUACGAGUGCGCCGUCAGCGGGCUGGACGACAACCUGGUGGUGAACCUGUUCUGCAAGAACAAGACGGUGAUGUGCCGCGCGGAGCUGGCCCGGGUGCCCUGCAAGAGGUCCAAGCUUCCCGCGGAAGAGAACAUGGAGCUGCUGCUCAUGUUCCGAGCGCAGUCGCAGAUCCUAGGCUGGUGCAUCAUCGUGGUGGCUGCCAUCGCGGGACUGGUGGGGACUUGCUAUAAGAACUGUCGCUCUCAGGUCAGCUUCCUGCAGCUCACCUUCUGGAAGCGCUAUAUGGAGAAGGAGAAGGAGCAGUUCGAGGCCUUCGCCACCGAGUACGCUGACAAGCUGGCCAAGCGCAACCUCAAGAGCUUCUUCGAGAACCGUGACCCAGAAGCUUUCCCCUUUCCCAAUCACAGGUCCUGGGAAGAAAUCUCGGCCUUGUACACCUUCUCUAAUAGUGAGCAGUACUACAGUACCCUGCAGAGGUAUGUGGAGCGCUCGGAUCGUGACUACAGCUCAGAGAAGAGGCCUGUACUGGACGUCGAGCGUGGCUUUGAGAUGUCCUGAGAUGAGCAGGGGACCGUGACCCAUGGGAGUGGAGUGGUGAGGCGUGGUCUGGUCCUAAGAAUUUAAGAAUGGUACCGUCCCAUUGACAGAGGACUACAGCAUUCUACAUUGACUGUUGCAGUCUGUUGAGGACCUCCAGCACUGGAAAGUAUUUGUUUUUUUGCUCAAUGUUAUCUUAUCAAAACCACUACAAAGUGCCAGGAGAAUGUGACUGUGUGCUUCCCGUCUAUUACUGCUAUAGUAACGGCUGUUUGAGGUGGCACGUACCGCGGGGAGCACUGCAGACGUGUGGCCAUACCAUGUCACAAACCGUGUGAGUCGUGUGACUGAACCGUGGCAUGUGCCUGGGUCAUGUGACUGCUAGCCAAGACAAUUUCUGACCACAUACUAACAUACUGGCUUCCCACUAAAACACUACCACCAUCUUCAUGAUCAUCAUUCUGUGUCACAGAGAAGUACUGAGUUGAAACAAAGAGAUGUUCUCUCAGCUGAGCUAUGCAUGCUCUCAGACUCUCUGCACUAACAUCCUACCAAGCACAAACUCAGGGUGUUACAUUACCCUAGUGGAACAGUAAAUAAUAUUACAGAGUAAACUUUUUUGUAGACCUCAUGAUAAACCUACAGACCAUAUCUAAGGCUAAGUAUGAAGUGCCAUGUUGUUCUCAUUUUGCAAAAAAAAAUGCACUUGUUUGUCAUUAUUUAGUAUAUAUUGUUUAUGUCUAUUUCCUACUGAUAAUAAAAAGUUAUCAAAGAAAUGUAUCCUGAGUGUUAUGAGAGAGAGAGGUGGAGAGCUUCUCCACAUGCCAUUCAAAUGAGUAUAAUAAGGAGGUUAAGAGCAGUCUGCGCCCAGGUGUGCUGUUAAAACCUGUUAGGCACCUCCCCCUCUGUCUGCUAUCCUGCUAUCACCUUUCAUCUCUGAACCAUACUCAUUCAACCACUGUCAGCAGCUCUACAUGAAAAACUUUCAGACUCUACCAGUUGAAUGACAGAACUCUGAUUCUGCACUGCUUGGACAACCAGAAGACAAAAGAAGCCACAGCAGUGGUUGCACUCCGAGUAUGAAUAAAUUUGCAGUUUGAACUCUGUCUUCUCCUCAGCAGCCAAAUGUAAAAACU